GUGGAGAAUGAGGAGAAUGUAUUGGUAUGUCUGAAGAUAAUCAUAGAGCUACAUAAACAAUACAGACCGCAGAUGAACGAGGAGAUUCAAGAUUUUCUGAAGUUUGUGAACCAGAUUUAUACAAAUUUGCCGUCACACCUGAACAAAAUUUUUGAGCCUCGUUCCCAGAUCAAGGUGAAGGAUGUUGCGGAGAUCAACGUAGACGCGUUACUACAAGAGACAUACACUGUUACAACAAUCAUGACUGACAAGAAAAAUGCAGAUAAUCAAAGCGUUUCAUACAACAUCAUACCAAAAGGUGUCCUCUCUCUAAAAGUUCUGGCAGAGCUUCCAAUCAUUGUGGUAUUAAUGUAUCAGCUGUACAAGCCGAACGUUCAUCAGGAGGUUGCAAACUUUAUACCACUGAUCAUGAACACCAUUGUUCUUCAACCUUUACAGCAACACAGAACACACCCAGCAUUCAACAAGGAAGUGUUUGUCGAUUUUGUCGCAGCUCAAAUCAAGACGUUGUCAUUCCUAGCUUAUAUUGUCAGAAUUUUUCAGGAACAGGUACAAACGUACUCGCAGAAGAUGGUUCAAGGUCAUCUGAGCCUGCUGUCCCUGUGCCCGCAGGAAGUUGCUCACCUUAGAAAGGAACUUCUCAUUGCUGCUAAGCAUAUUCUAGCAACAGACCUUAGGAACAAGUUUGUGAGCGUAAUAGACAAGUUGUUUGAUGAAGGAAUACUGAUAGGAAAUGGUUGGACAACAUACGAAUCUCUCAGGCCGCUAGCUUACAGUACAUUAGCAGAUCUCGUUCACCAUGUUAGACAGGCGUUACCUAUGACGGAACUGUCUAUGGCGGUGAAUUUGUUCUCGAAGAAUGUCCAUGACGAGUCGCUGCUGAGCAGUAUACAAACAAUGUCGUGUAAAUUGUUACUGAAUCUUGUGGACUGUAUAAGACAGAAAAGUGAACAAGAAAAUGGAAAUGGCAGAGAGUUGCUGAUGAGGAUGCUAGAGGUGUUUGUACUCAAGUUUAAGACUAUUGCCAAGAUACAGUUGCCACAGAUACUGUCAAAAUGCCAAAAGCAGCCAAAUCAGACAGCCACUGACCCAAGCAAGCCUGGAGAGUCUAAGACACCGCCCGCUACAACCCCCACCGUUUCAAGUAUUCCAACAACUCCUGGAGUCGUACCGGAGACCCCUACAUCAUCUGACGUGAAACCACCUCUAGGUAGCGUCUCUGCUGACAUCAAAGAGUCGAGUGCUUCAAAAGAUAAUGACAAGCCGCAGAACAGAUUUGGUGUGACACCUAGUCAGUACAACACAUACUCUGUGGCCGACUGCCGUGGUUUGGUGAAGACUUUGGUAUGUGGUGUGAAAACAAUCACCUGGGGUAUUGUGUCAUGCAAGGCUACUGGUACAGAUGUGACAGAUACAAGUCUAGUUCAGAACAAACAGUUCUUACCGAAGGAGACUCUGGUGUAUGUAAGACUGGUGAGGUAUGCCCUACAGGCGCUGGAUAUCUACACGAUUAAUGUAUCACCUAACGGACAAGCUGUAGUUAGACCUGCUGUGGUACAAACAGUGAGAACUAAAGAAGAAAAGGAAGUACUGGAACACUUUGCUGGUGUGUUUACGAUGAUGAGCCCGUUCACAUUUAAAGAGAUAUUUGCAACUACCAUAGAGUUUAUGGUUGAUCGUAUACACAACAACUACGCACUGCAGAUUGUUGCGAACACUUUCCUCGCUAACCCAUCGACGUCUGCUACGUUUGCCACCAUACUCGUGGAGUACUUGUUGGCAAGACUGGAGGAAAUGGGAAGUAACAUGGAGAGAAGUAAUCUAUACCUGAAGUUAUUCAAGCUGGUGUUUGGCUCUGUGUCUUUGUUUGCGAAUGAGAAUGAGCAAAUGUUAAAGCCUCACUUGCAUACUAUCGUGAAUCGUUCCAUGGAGCUUGCGAUGAGUGCCAAGGAGCCGUACAAUUAUUUUCUACUGCUACGAGCAUUGUUCCGCUCCAUCGGUGGCGGCAGUCAUGAUCUUCUGUAUCAAGAGUUCCUUCCCUUGUUACCAAAUUUGUUACAAGGUUUGAACAGUUUACAGAGUGGCUUACAUCGGCAGCACAUGAAGGAUUUGUUUGUAGAGUUGUGUUUGACCGUCCCAGUCAGGCUCAGUUCCCUCCUGCCAUACCUGCCCAUGCUGAUGGACCCACUAGUGUCCGCCCUCAACGGAUCCCAAACCUUAGUGAGUCAGGGUUUACGAAACACUCGAGUUGUGCGUGGACAACCUGCAACCGGAUUUCCUGUACGAUCACAUACAGCCGGUCAGAGCGGAGUUAAUGCAACUCUGUGGAGAACGUUACGGAACCCCCGUAGACAACAUUGCUCAUGUGGCAUUCAGGGUGGCUUGGAAAAUUUGGUGGCGGCAACAGGAAAAUGUUGA